AUGGCAGAAAUGGAGAAAGAAGGGAGACCUCCAGAAAAUAAAAGAAGCAGGAAGCCGGCUCACCCCGUGAAAAGGGAAAUCAAUGAAGAGAUGAAGAAUUUUGCAGAAAACACUAUGAAUGAGCUCCUUGGCUGGUAUGGUUAUGAUAAGGUUGAAUUAAAAGAUGGAGAAGAUAUUGAAUUCAGGAAUUACUCUACAGAUGGGGAGAGCCGACAGCACAUUUCUGUUCUCAAAGAAAACUCUUUGCCAAAAACAAAAUUACCUGAAGACAGUGUUACAUCAUCAUACAAUAUACACACAAGCUAUCCAGGGCUUACCACAGGAAAUGGAAUCUCAGACUUACCAGCAGGAUCAAAGGAACAUGGCAACAUGCCCAUUAUUGUACCAUUAAUUCCACCACCUUUUAUAAAGCCACCAGCAGAAGAUGAUGUAUCAAAUGUACAAAUCAUGUGUGCCUGGUGCCAGAAAGUGGGACUCAAACGCUAUUCUCUGAGUAUGGGGAGCGAAGUGAAAUGCUUCUGCAGUGAAAAAUGUUUUGCAGCUUGCCGGAGAGCAUACUUCAAAAGAAACAAGGUAAGAGAAUAGGAUUGUAAUGCAUGCACAAUCUGAUCCUAAACAGUAU